UGUUUUUCUUUUCGGUCGAGAUAAAAAUGGCGGGAAGGUUUUAAGAGUUUUCACCUCAAAAAUGUGUUCAAAAUAAUGUCGAAUAGGGGCGGCCCGAUGGUGCAUGUGAAAAACGGCGCCCGUCCACACGGCAGGGACCGGGUUCAAAUCCCAUCCGGACCGUCUCCCCGUAGCAUGGACUGACUAUCCUGCUACGUGGUAAAAUAAGUCUUGAUACGGCCAGGCCGUUCUAACUGAGCAAAAAAAAAAAAAAAAUGUCGAAAAUUCAAAAUCGAAAAGGGGGUUCCGUUCAUUACAAAUAUUCCGACUUGUGUUCGUGUUGUUCUGAAAUCGAAAAAUAAUAACAUACUGCUAGAAAAAAUAUUUACGAAAAGCAAACAAAUCGCAUUAAGUAAACACAAAAUGGUUCAGUUCGUUCGCUGUGUUUGUGUUAUUUUUUUUUGGUUGAAUUUGCAUUCACAGCACUUGCAAGAUUUUUAUUAUUAUUGUUUUUUCUUCUUCACGCUGGGAAUAAGUUAAGUUUUUGGCCCGUAUUUUGCUAGCGAUGUUUCACCGAUCUUAAGAUUCAAAAAUUGAAACCAAUCCUUGCGAAUGUACAUACAAAUUUUUCCUUAGCUCCUUCGCACUGCCAGGGAAUUGGAUUUUUUCCCCCGUCGCAUGCACAGGUCACACGUUGGCAUAGCCGGUGACCGAAGUGGCCCAUAGCGCGCUAUCGUAAAUGCCAAAAUGUCACAGAGAAAUUUUCGCUCAAUUCUAUAAUUAUCAAGCAAAACUCGUGUUUUAGUUGCGCCUCCCGAUCCAUCCAUACAUGUGUGUAUGUGUGUGUGUGUGUGUAUAUGAGGGGUGUAAAAUUGGGGGUAGGGGUUGUAUUUGCUUUUUAACCAACAUAAACCUCCAACACACAACGAAAUGCUACACCCCCCUCCCCCCCGUGUUUCCACCUUUUACCCUCAAAACCUCGUCAUCAUCAUCAUGAUGAUCAUCGGAGUCGAUUUUUGUCGACUCUGGUCGGUCGGUCUUUGCGUUCUUCUGCAUUUGCCCCCAAGGAAAUGACAUGCCAAACAAGAGGCGGUAUGAAGAAAAAAAACCACCCCUCAUACCCCCAAACCUUCGUUUCUGGUUGCGCCAGGGAUGGAGGAGUUUACAUUUGCUCUAGGGCUAGGGCUACGGUGGGGGGGAGGAAAGUGAAUGAAUAACAGGAAAAAAAGGUAAAGAGAGUGCACAUUAAACUUAGCCGGCGAACGAAGACGAUGGCGACAAAUGUUUGAGCGCGAGAAUGAAACCGAAACACGGCGUGUUUUCCGUGUGCAAAACGGCACUCGCCAGCUCGCUCUAACUCCCGGGCCACCCUUCGGCUGAUGGGUACCGCCAGGAAACAAUUCACCCUGUAGGGUGCCACAACGCGGACGCUAACGUUGGCGAGUGGCGAGGAAGCGAAUUUUCUUUUCGACCAUUUAAUUCCGCGAGGGCAUAUCGUCGGGCCGGCAGCACACCGAACGCUGCCGUAUGUCCGCCAUAGGCCUCGAUUGCAAAGGCCCCCUUCUAUACUUUUUUGCUGGUGGAUUAAUGCUCGGGGGUAGUUUUGAAAACGCUGGGGAUAGGGGCGAGAAAAAGGCAUCAAGAAUGGUAUAAUUUUCCCCUGCAUCAGCAAUGGUAAGGGAGGGGUGCGGCAACAGGGAGAAGCUGCCGUAAAAUAGGCGGGAAAAUUCGGGCCUCACAAACCGAAAGCGAACGAACGAACGAAUGAACCAACCCAGGAUAAGGAGUAUCAAAUUAUUGUAAAAAAAAAAACAAAUGAAACAACAAAAGCGCGACCAGAGAAGAGGGGGUUGGAAUGGAAAACAAAUGAAAUGACAAGAAAAAUAAAAUGUAUAAAUAUGUUCAAAUGGAUUAAGGCGAUAUUCGACUAUCAUACGUGGCUAUAAGUAUGAUUGUGAAAUACAAAAUAUAAAAGCAUUGAAAAAGAAUAGAAAACAUGUAAGAACAGAACAGAAAAAUAAGAAAAAUGUAUUUUUAAGAAAGUAUUAAUACGCGAAAGAUAUUCAAUAGUUGAAUAAUAAUAUAAUGUAAAUUCAACUAUAUAACUAAGAAAAAAAUGUAGAAAGGUGUUUGGAAAAAAAUACGAGUUAAGAAGAACACAAGAUAGGAAUAUUAAACGUGUUAAAUAUGAAUGGAAUAUUAUGAAAAAUAAGAAAAAUAUUCAUUUAUGUGAUAAGAACGAGAUAUUACAAACCAAAGAAAAAAAAACCAAUUGUAAAAAAGUAACGAGCCAAUUAUACAAACAGAAACGGAAAGUACACCACGAUCCAGAAAACCCGGAACAUCGUUUGUCACUUAUGGGGGAAUUCCUUUUUUUUGUUGAGGUAUGGUUUUCUAAUUCUGUCUGUUGUGCCUUAGAAUUUGGGAGCGAAAGUCACUUUUUGACUUGUGUGUUGCUAUCAGAUACCCGUCCAAUUUAUAAAGACGACGGGAAGGAGACGCAAGGUUUGGUUGUUCCAUCGAUGUUUACUGGUGGAAUAGCACCGUGUACUGUAUUAUAUUCUAGUCGCUCGUACCCGGUCGAGUUACUCAUUCGCGUCUGAAGAAACGACGUCUGUUGACGUUUCAUUAGUACCGGUCUAACGGUUAAUGGGUUUUUGCUCGGGUAAUUAGGUUCGUAAGUGGACGUAGGUCCCGGGUUGAUCAUCCCAUUUCCUUGGGCCCCCCCAAAAAGGCUUCGGCUACUUCCUCACCAAAUGCCUGCCCGAUGCGAGCGAUGGAGCGAUUUUUGUACGUAGAUACUUUGUAGCAUAUGGGGAUAUUAGGUGUAUUACUCGGUAACUUUACUGCUUUAGCGAUAAAUUACAUCGUUCGGGAUGUGAAUCGAGAUAAGUUGUCGCGAGUACGGCAACAAUGGAUAGUAAAAUGUUGACAGUUUAUGUAACAUCGUCGACGAUAGUACAUAUAUUGAUUUAAAAAGAAACCCAAUUUAAAGGAGUUUCAUAAAAUGACUUCCUGAAUGAAUAAAUAAUCAUCCAAAAAUUUAGCUUCUUUGAAAAAGUUCUUAAAAUGAUUAAGAAUUAGUACAGAAAAAAAGGAACCAACUUCACAUGUGUGACCCAAUAAUUCACAUACGAACCAUCGACAAUAGAUGGUAAUUUUUCAUCCAAUUUCCCAUCUUCCAAGGCGGGCAAUCAAUUUUCCUCAAUUGUUUAUCUUCCUUGCACAAGAAAAAAAAAUAAACAUUACAGCUCAUUUCGGUUCGUUGGUUUUACAUGCCCUUUUUUUUGUCCUUCCGACUUCCAAAUAGAACACAUUCCCCCUCCAAAAUGUAAACGUGUAUACGUAACGAGCCAGCAGUGUCACGAGAGAAUGAGAAAAAUAGCACCGAAAUGAUUUGUUACGAAUUUAAAUAAUCAAUCAAUAAUUUGAAUAUGGAUAUGGGUGAAAACCUCCGAUAUAUUUGGGGAGACUUUUAGUAGAUAGUUACCAGAGUGGGAGUUAAGAGAGAGAGAGUCAGAGAGACAGGACAGAGAAAGUAAACCCGAAAUUUUGCACGCACGUAAAUCACAUCACAUGUGUGAAAAGCGAAUUGAUUUUUUGGUCCAAUUCGUCCUUCGUCCUGGUCCCACAGAUGUUGUGUGUGUGGGUGUGGAUGUGUGUUUUUUUUUGGUUGUUGUUCGUUCGAUGAAAGGAGAAACACCUCGCACUGGGAUCUAAGUCUAAGGAUCAAGACGGGUAGGAAAGGUCGUCUCUAUGAAUUGGAUUGGAUCGGAUCGGAUCUGGUUUUUUUCGUACCGGGGGCGAGCAAGCUAUCCUACAAUCUUUCCAACGAUGUCCUCGUUUUUUUUUUUGGUGGUUGGUUUUAGCCGCUUUUGGUAACCCUACGGGGAAGGGGAAACUGAACGCGCGGGUAGAGGCAGGACAAAAGGCCACAAGCAGCACACGUGCGGUAGAACGUUCGGUCCGUUUCCGUUUGUCAUCUUUUUUGCCAAGAGCCCAUGCUAAAACGUCGCCGGCGACGUCGACGACGACGACCCCCAGUUAACAUCAAUAAUCCGGCUCCAAUCAGUGGCAUUCUAAUUCCGUCCCAGGGAGCGGUUUGGUUUUACCUCGUGUCUGCUCUCCGCUCUUACCUCUCUUGCCCGGAUCCACAACUACCCAUGGAAACCAAUGCUUUUUUCGCUAUAUAUUGUAUCAUCCAAUCCCGUGUCAUAGUCGUCGACCUCGCCGGUGGAGCGGUCCGGCGGGUUUUAUUGAUCGUUUUGUCCAUUUUUCGUCAUCCCUACAUGAUGGAGCCAUAUCUGGUGGACGCACUCGCUGAUCGGAUACAGUAACGUAAAAAGACCAGACCCACACGACAGGCUUGUUACGGGGAAGUAAGCGUUUUAUUGAUAGAUUUAUAUUAAGGCGUAACUUUUGUCGUACAGUUUGCAUACUUUUAGGCGUACCAGGUUUAAAAACUGUGGCCAAGAGCUAUGAGUCAGGGAUGUGAAGUUGUUCACGGAUUAAUUGUUCUUUUGGACAACAUUGUCAACUGGGAAAACUCUGCAUCAAAUCCGAUUCGUAGCACCGCUUCCUUUCCACUAUUCCUGGCAGUUGGAGAACGAUCGAUUAUGGUUUUUUUUUUGCGGAACGAUAUAGUUUAUUAUAAUUUAUUAUUGUUUGCUGCUGUUCAAAAUUUAUGUCCCAUGUUUUUGGGGAGUUAUACGUUGAUUAAAUAAGAAACACGCAGCACAGGAAGCUUCUCAGUAGAAAAAAUAUAGUAAAACGUACAGAAAAUCGAAGCUUAGCGCUCUUUUUUCGACUGGUUGUAUAUUACAAGAUUAAAAAGAGUUCCAUUUCCAUACGACAUUUUUAGAUAAUUUUUCACCUGUUUCGAUAAAAAAAACUUUUAGCUAAUCACCAGACAAUUAGUGGCAAUUGUUCGUUAGUAGCAUUCCUUUUUGGUAGAAUCCCAAUGGCUGGACGAAAUUUUCAACAGGCAUUCAAACUUCUCCUUCAUUGUGCAUGGGUUCAAGAUCUCCUAUUGCGGGCAAACCUAGGACAGUAGUAGACUACGAAAACAAAACAUAAAAAAACAACCAAUAAGAUAGUGAGGAAAUAAAACUUCUCACUAAUUGCUUGCGUUACGGCUAUGCCAUACCCGGCGGGAGGACUAACCUGCCCUAAUUUCUUAAUUGCAGCUACGCUCAUCUCGCGACCUCUGGAAGAUACCGCAAGUCUUUUUUUGUUGUUGUUAGGGCGAGACAGAACGGAACCGAAAGGAAAGAUAACGGAGAGGAAUUGGUCAUCAUUAUCGAGUUAGUAAGGUGAAAUGGUUUAAUUGCGUUUAACUUACCACGGUAGUUCAGUGCCUUGUGGGCUUAAGGUUUGGGUUUUCGGUUCGUGAUCGAGUAAUUCCACUUGUUCGAUGGCGAAAACAAUGGAAACCGAUCAGGAUUAUUGUAGCUUUUUUUGUUGUUGGUUUUCUUUGCCGUCCUUUGUCUGUUCAAUUUCCGCCCAUUAAAGCCCCUGGGUGGUGUGAAUUUUCCCAACAGUCUUUGUGCGUUUUAUCACUCAUAUUUGCAAUCUGGCUGGCUCCAUUUUGAGCGCUGUGUUCCGGCUUAAAUUUCUCCCUUCCUGUGUGGUUUUUGUUUUUUAUUCGAGCAGGCAAAGCAAGUCACAGUGCUGGCAAUGGGCCAAGCAGAGUAAACGAACCUUGGCAUCGUCCCCAAUACUGGGCGGCGACAGGGAUUAUAAAUCAGAGAACAUGGUACACAACAUUGGUGGUGGAACUUAAUAACAGAAGCGAAAUAAAAAAAAACUGCUCAAGAAAAGCGUAAAAACUUCCACCUCCAGCUGUAGGGAAAACUAUCGUACAUUUUACCCGGCAGGAGUGUUCAUCUUCUUCCUAGGUCAGUUCGCCCGAUUUGGAGGGCAGUUGGAUUUAAUUUUUCGAAUAGCUCAGAUACGUUUUUUUCUCAAUGCAGCAUUCCACAUUGCAAAAUUCUGCAGUUGCACAUUGCUAGACACAUACUGCAGCAGUGCAAGCAAGCGAUAGAUGCAACUUUCCGUCUCUUCAAAAUGUGGGCAGCACAGACCCGGUGGGACAGAAUUUCAAGCCAAUUAAAAUACUUCAUUAACUGUUUUUCCUAUGUCUGGAGAUGUGUGUUUUUUAAAUUGUGUAUAUCCGUUUCUGUUCGACAUAAUUGGUUGGGUUUACUGAAAAAGGAAGCAAAUUUCGUGUCAAAGAAAUAAAAACACAACAUGUAAAUUCAGUUCAACGUUAAAUGUAUGAAGAAGCUUGGUGCAUCAAAGAUGAGUUAGACUAAAAACAGUAUUAACAAACACGUGUAAUCGGGCGCGUUGUUGGUGUUUCGCGUUUUCGACAGUUUCUCGUCAGCAGUCGAAGUAUCCUCGCCGAAAAACACCUCCUUCAGAAGAUUCUUACCUUCUGUCAGUACUUCUGAACGCUUAGAGUCUCAUCGUUUGCCGUGUGAAAUGGGAUGAUCUUUUAGCCCAACCUGUGUUUCACGGCUUCUGAUCUACGCGCCAGUCGUUUAUUUUCAUCCAUCCGCAUCCGUCAACGCGCCUUCGGCUGCUGCACCAUCGCCACAUCGUCUGCUACAUCUUGUGCCACUUAUCGCCCCCCGACUCUUCUGCAUUGCAUCGACAUGAUAAGCAGGAAGCGGCCGCUCCCAUUUCCUCAGGACAUGGGCUGCUUAGGUAGUAAAGACCGCCUGUCCAAGGAGGACAUGGACUUUCUCAAAUCGCACACCCGAUACGAUGAGUCCACAAUCAAGGAAUGGUACAAAGGCUUCAAGCAAGAUUGUCCAAACGGCAAACUAACACCAGCGAAGUUUGUAGAUAUGUACAAAAUGUUCUUCCCGUCGGGCAAUGCAGAAGAGUUUUGCGAUCAUGUUUUUCGAACGUUCGAUAUGGAUAAGAAUGGUUAUAUCGAUUUUAAGGAAUUUCUGUUAGCUAUUGAUGUAACCUCGAGUGGCACACCGGAGGAGAAGCUAAAAUGGGCGUUUAGGAUGUACGAUGUAGACGGUAACGGCGUAAUAGACAUUCAAGAAAUGACUAAAAUAGUGCAGGCAAUAUACGAUAUGCUUGGCGCGUGUUCAUCGAACAAACCGGCCGACUCGGCGGAGGAGCGCGCGAAAAACAUCUUCGCCAAGAUGGAUGAAAAUAACGACGGUCAGCUGACGCAGGACGAGUUCCUGAAGGGUUGUCUGCAGGACGAAGAACUGUCGAAAAUGCUCGCACCGUAAGCGGGACACGUACCCCGUACGGCGGGCACGUACACCCGCCCCCCCAUCAUUGCCAUAUAUAAGACACCAUACAAUCAUACUUUUUGCACACAUCCUAGCGCAAAGCAAACAAACCACAAGAGCUGGACAGAUGAAAAAAAGGCAUACAAACAACUUAAGAACGGCAACAGAACAAAAAAGAAAACCCCCGAACCGAGCAUUGAGAGAAAAGCAACUAUCCAGAAGCAAACAUUUACGAAACUAGGGAGAAUGAGAAGGGAAGCGAUAAAAAGCAUAAUAUAGCAAGAUGACAGUACUAUAUAUAGAGAGAUAUAGAUAUAUAUAUAUAGAUAUAUACAUAUAUUUAGACGAAAAGUAGAAAGCGCAACGAUCCAUACGAACCAUCAUACGAUAUGAUAGACCGGUGCGACACCGACCAUCAGCAGAAGACUAGCACGGACACGUAAAGUCCUUGUUCGCUACAAUUAGAAGUUGCGUCCCGAAACUCGUGCUCGAUUAGAAUCGAAGUUUUCAAACGGGCUUAGCUUUCAUUCCAACCCUGCUCGCUCUCUAUCUCUGUCUGUCUGUCUGUCUGUCUGUCUGUGUACUGUACAACCGAGUGGUGUUCUGCGAAGAAGCAUGGAACUUACAGAAACAUUCAUGGGAACCAGCACCUCUCAAUCAGAGUUUUUGCUUUACUCUAGCCUCACUCCAUCAUCCCUGUUCGUGGAAAGUAGACCAUCUCACAGUCUAGGAUUGGGAUGUAAUGUAUGGAACAUAUUUCCGUAGAGCGCGUUUUGCAGCGACUGUGGUGGCUUCUGUCGGGCACUGUCUUGUCGUGUUUAUCCUCGUGGUCGAUGAAAAUUUAAUAAGAAAAUGGAAAGCCACCUCCACACGCAGGACCGAACAGUCGAUCGGGUGAAGCGUGAAGGAAAGACACAACCAUUUAGGGAAUUUAUGCGUGCGAGCGCUAACCACAUUUAGCUGUAAUAGUACUCACGUCCUGCCAAGCGUCCAAAAAACCUACCAUUUGCUGAUGUUGAUGCUACGAUGUAAUGAUAUAUUGAUGAGAAUUUGAUACAAAGAGUAGUGUGGGCGGUUGUGUGCGUGUGUGUGUGUGUUGGUGUGAACUGAUGCAUGUAUAUGCGCCACGUCCACACACUCUUAGCGCGAGUCAAUCGAAGGGUAUGUAAUGCCCCUCUCUACAAGAGCUAAGAUCUAAUCUAGGAUAAAUGUCGGGCUGUAAAGGAAAAGCGUCAUUAUUGUUUUUGUUCUCUCUUUAUCUCUCUUACUCUCUCUCUGCCGGCAAAUGGCAUCGAGUAGCGAUGGACCAGAAAGUCGAUUUAGAAGAAGCAACUAUAGCCCGAGCUAUGGGAACAUUUAUUUUGGAUGCUUUUUCUCUAAAAUCAGGCCAACGGAGGAUUGGAGUGUUUAGGAUAUAGACGUGUAUAUGCGCAACCGGUGUGUGUGUGUACAUGUGCGUGCUUAAAAGCUUCUCGUUAGUCACCAAUAGGAAGGAUUCAAACGGCGAACCGUGUAUCGUGAUGAUGGUGAAUGGUUUGAAAGGUCGAAAAGAAACCAUGAUUAAGAAACAUAUUUCACAAAAUCCCGCGCACACAAACACACAAAAGAAGGCGCACAAAUUUGCAAAACACACAUAAACACGGUUCAGUGUCGUGUCUCUCUUUACGCUUAUAAAGAUAUUUAUCACAGCGAACCGUGCCGAUAAUUGACGCAUUGGACGUAAUGAGUAUAUGAAAAGAGACAUGAACAGAAGUUUCCUUCUUUAGUACAUUUGUAUGGACCAGAGUGUAUGUGAAACUGGUGCGGAAUGGUAAAAGAAAGCGUAAAGCAUACAUUAAGGCGCUUAGUGAAAGACAACAGCCAAUGACGAUGAACAAGGACCCCCCGAAAAGCAUUGGCGAGAAACCAUAAAACCACACAAGGCCAUGCAAGGAUGACACCGAGGCGUAGCAUGAAAUUACAGCGAAACCGGUGCUACAAAAUGGCCGAAAUCUUUCCCUUUCCUGGUGCCCUGGCGUACAAGACGUCCAACGCAACUGACAAUGGGUUCCGGUGGCUGUCAAUAUUUCUUUGCGUAAACAUCUCCAUCUUUGUAUGACUUUCUUAUGUGUUUGUGUGGUUAUCUGUGCGUUUUUUUCUUGCGUACGUUUGUGUACGUUUGUGUGCGUGUGUGUAUGCGUGUUUUUAUGGAUAUGAAAAGCAAAGCGUUUCUUCUCGCACUGGGUAGACUCAUUAUCAAGCAAAAAAAAAAAAAAGAAAAAAGAAAUUCCAUCCACGGCAGCGCGUUUCUUUUUGUCGCAUCUCCCUUUUGUAUGGAUUCUUUAAUGUCGAGCGAGGGAUGUUCAUAAAUAAGUGCGUGCGAUCUUUUUUUUCCCCGCCCUCCUUCCCAUAAAACGAUGGAACUUUACCGAUGAAAGACUUCAUUCAUAUUUAUUUGUAUGUAUAUUUGAACGUCUCUUCGGCAGCAACGCAGCAAAAAUGCAUAGAUUUUCGUUGAUGGAACGACGGCAUGUAUGUAAAGGAACGGUUUUAUUCCAUUUUGUUUGUUUGUUUAUGCAAAAGUUAAGCGUUCUUGUUGUGCUCUCAUUUCACAUUCGUUACAUUAUUCUUUAUGUCUUCAUGAAAUGUUCCUUCCAUUUAGCAAGCGCACACAAACGUGUGCUUUUAGCGAAAUGUUUACUGAAGAGAUGAAAAUGAUGUUUCUAGUUCAGUUGAUCAGAAAUCUGCGUCGUCGUUUUGUGAUACACUUGGAAGCAUUUUUUCUUAGCAAUUUUUUUCUCAAUUUUGGGACCGAUUCUUAUCGAUUACAUUCCUAUAUCACGUUGACCUUUCAAGGUGUUAGUAAUUGCUAGAAAAAAAAACACUCUAGUGUUACAGUAAACUUGUCAAAAUCAAGACUUUUUGAUGUGUUAAACUGAAGCCAUCAACGAUUUUCGCAGCAUUUACACAGCAGAGCGAUGUGAGACAAAAUAUUUCGAUAUUGUCACUGCAUAAAUACAAUGCUAAACACAAAUUUCCAUAAUUCCAGCUACCAAAUCAAUUAUGGGGCCACCAACACAUAAUGGAUGCGUACAAAUCGUCGCAAGACUAAUGACUUUUCUUACAUGCCAUGUAAAAGUGUCCAUCGUACACUGAGUUUACCAUAUCGGCAAACAAUUAUCUUGAUUAUUUGUUCACCGAAAGCAUGACAGAAAAUGGACACGAUUUUCCAUGACACAGUGACAUUGGUUUGAUUAUUGAUGCUCUUCACAGCACUGUAAAUAUUGAUCGACAAUGUUUAAUAUUUCCAUCGUUCUCAAACAGUGCAGCGACAUAAUUCGGAUUAUAUUCGUCAAUCAAAUGAUGCUUUAAAAAUGUGAUCAUUAAUGAAUACUUUCCAAAACAAGGAAAGGAAAUUACAGUUCAAACAUCUUUUACUUUCUUGUCAUCGUUUUGUACAGUUCGGUUUUGUUUGUUUCAAUAUUUAUAAACAUUGUUUACGUUUGCAGAGGGACAUUGUUGUGCUAUAUUGUUGUUAAAACUUCUAGUCAUUGUGUUUCAUUUACAUACAGCUUGGAAUGAAAACAUGCCUCUCUUAUAAAUGCUUGUAAAGUUUACUUUUAGCUUCGGCCAUAAGCGGUUAUAAAAUGCAAAUUGCAAAAUUUCAGCAAAAUGGCUUAAAUUAAUGCUGCUUUAAUUAGCGAACCCCAAAGGAAGGAACCCCAGAAGCGGAUGAGAAGCUGCGUGACCGACUGAUACAAGAGCUGGCAAUAGCUCCUAGCAUUAGUCGCUGGCAGCAUUGUGGACACAUGGUGUAUGAAUCGAAUUAUAGUAAAAAAAAACACAUGAACAUGGAAAGCACUUUCGCUUGACAGGCCGUAAAAGAGACAAAUUUAACAUUGUAGCAAAAUAAAAUGGUAAUCUUACACACAAAACAGCAACACUGCACCGGGCGAAGAGAAGGCGCGACGAUUGAAACUAAGAGCACUACUGUUGAUAUAUUUAUAUUAUGCAGAGCAAGACAACCCAGAAACAACAUGCAACCAACACAUAGAGUAAUCGGAUCAUUAUUCCCCAUUAGUGAUUUGCUGUGUAUGGUGGGCAGAGGAGGCGGAAUUUGAAGUUCGUGACAGCUAACGAAAAGUGUUAAAUAUAUAAGAGAAAGAAACAAAACAAAAAAGGCAUUAAGUAAAACAAAUAUGCACUCACAUACGAACGCAAGGAACAAAAAAAAAACCAACCAAAAAAAAAACUAGAUGUCAAAUUCGAGAGAGCAAGCUCAUACUAAUAAAUAAAAACAAAAAAAGGAAGAGAAAAUAUUCAUUUUUGCACAAGUUUAACUGGUGUCUACUAGCACAAACCAAAACAAAAAACAAAAGAAACAUAUUGAGCGUGCACUACGCGUGCAUUUGCAGCCACUGCAACACCAUUCCUCACGUCACGCUCAGAUUCGCUGUAGCUGAACAUCCCUUUAAGAAAGGAUAGGUUUGUGGACAGAUCUCGCGGUCCGCGGAGAACAGUUGAUUGAGCCGAACUGGGUGGCCAGCAACACGAUUUGACGGACGGUGGCGAAAGACUCGAAAAUAUGCAAACAAUUUAAUCGAAGCACACACAUAACAAACACACACUCUUCACUCUAAAUGUGUAAAACUCCAUUUCGAGAUUGUACUGUGGAAACGCUUGGAACGAUAAGACGAGCCAGCAAAUACUUAUCGGUAGUGUUGGUAUGAUGUGUAUGUGUGAAGUGGCCAGAAGCAAAAGAUUGCGCACGUAUAACUAUAUUUAAACGCUAACGUAAAUCUCAAAUCCCGCAGAAAUUCCUUGCAGCAGAGCAAACAAACAAACAAAAAAAGAUAAGACAACUACAUUUGCAUCCCCAAUAUCCCAAUUUCCGCCCCUCCCUCCCAAAAAAACCACUGUUUAAGAACGAAGACGAUCAAGCAAAAGGAGAGUGGAAUGUCAGUGGAAAAGGAAGACGUUACAGAGCGUUACAAAAUUAAGUAUAGAGCAUGUGUGAUGUUGAUGGGAUGUUUUCUUUUUCUAUAUUAAAAUACUAAUAUUAAAUAAUAAAACAGAGCAUUACUGGAGACAGGUACACACAAAAAACGAAAAACAAACACUUCAAGCAUUUGUAAACAAAACAAAACAAAAAAAAAAAGAGAAUGGGAAAAAACAUACAAAUUAAGCACACAAAGCUUAAAAUGGUAAGGAAAAUCUUUCCUAAAACAGAAAUAUUGCGCUUUCGCUAGUUGUUUUACAUUUUUCUACUGGCUGUGUUCGGUUCAUUUCUUGUACUUUAACUCAUACUCUACAAAAACCAGAGGGACAACACGUUACAUACAUACAGACACCCCACACUAACAAAAAAAAAGCAUAACGAACGUCACGUACUUCCCCGUGAAUGAAAUGAUGAGCGUUUUGAGACGAACAAAACAAAACCAUUCCUAAGGCUCCGGAUCUUGUCGUUACUGUCGUCGCCCUGUAUGAACAUCCCCUUUUCCGAAUAAAAAAGCCUGUUUUCAAUCGUUUUCGAAAUAAAAUACAUGUUUUAACUAUAAAACAAAACAAAAA